GAUUGCUGUGCUUCUCCGUCAUCGGCUCCAACUCUAUCUUUUUCCUCGAUCAGAACAUAUGGAACUAUGAAUCCGGCUCGGCUCUGGCUGUCAUGAAUCCGACUCGGAGAAUAGCAGUUCUCAAUCAAUAUAAGGGGCAGGCACCCACCCGUUUACUCCCAUCGAGCAAACCACGUCCGCUCCAUCAGACAAACUCUUGAUCGAGCGUACGUGCUAGCCAGCCAACAGCGCGAGAUCAAUCAAACCCAUCGAAGAGUACCGAAGCAGCUAACAUGGGCUGCAGCAUGAGUCGUCUCGUGAAGGCCACCAUCGCGCUGGUCAUCCUGGUCCUCCUCUUCAUGCCAGCGGCCAUGGCGUCCACCGUAGCCAGCUUCGACGCCACGCAUAGCCAGCACCUGCCACUGCCUCGCGGAACCGUCCGCGGACCAGAGAGUGUCGCCUUCGAUGGCCAGGGCCACGGCCCCUACAGCGGCGUCUCCGACGGCCGCGUGCUCAAGUGGAACGGCGACAAGCUCGGAUGGACCACCUACACGCACGCCCCCGGUUACGACAGCAAGCUCUGCACCGCAUCCAGGCUGCGCCCGGAGACCGCCACUGAGAGCCGUUGCGGCCGCCCGCUCGGCCUGCGGUUCCACCAGAAGACCGGAGACCUCUACAUCGCCGACGCGUACAAGGGGCUCAUGCGGGUCGGGCCAGGCGGCGGGGAGGCGACGGUGCUGGUCAACGAGGUCAAUGGCAUGCCUCUCCGCUUCACCAACGGGGUCGACGUCGACCAGAUCACCGGCCAAGUCUACUUCACCGACAGCUCCAUGAACUACCCCAGAUCGCAGCAUGAGAUGGUUACCAAGACCGGUGACUCAACGGGGCGUCUCAUGAGGUACGAUCCCCGAACGUCGGAUGUCACAGUGCUCCAAGCUGGCCUAACGUACCCGAACGGCGUCGCCGUCAGCACUGACCGGUCGCACCUCGUCGUCGCUUCUACCGGGCCAUGCAAGCUCCUCAGGCACUGGAUCAAAGGUCCCAAAGCAGGCACACAUGAGCCUUUUGCCGACCUACCCGGUUACCCUGAUAAUGUGAGGCCCGACAGGAGAGGAGGCUACUGGGUGGCGUUACACCGUGAGAAGAAUGAGCUGCCCUUUGGUCGAGAUAGCCAUCUGCUCGCUGUGAGGGUCAGUGCCAACGGAAAGAUAGUCGAAGAGAUGACAGGGCCAAAGAGCGUGAGACCCACUGAGAUUAUGGAGAGGGACAACGGCAAAUUCUACAUGGGUUCUGUCGAGCUACCAUAUGUUAGUGUAGUCACACGCAAAUAGACAGUUGAUUCAGGAUGGACUUUGGUUUAUCAUUUGUACCCUUCAUUGUAAUAUUUUUUUUUGGUCGGACUGCCAGAUGAAAUUCACACUAAGUGUAUCAACGAAUUAUUUGUUCUAUCCUUUAUGUUCUUGUUACCAUGUUACCCUCCUACGGAUGAAGCUUUAAGAUGGUAGCUAAACAGACUGGACAUU